UAUCUCAUUUUACUCUACUUCUUAUAUUCCUAUUCCACAAGACUUGAAACAGGUCUAUUUGAUGGAAAACCUGCAGAUUAUUUAUUCCUGUUAGUUUUCAACUGGCUGUGCUUGGUGCUGAUUGGUUUUAUAAUUGGAUUACCAUUACUAAUGGACCCUAUGGUGAUGAGUGUGCUGUAUAUCUGGUGUCAACUGAACAGAGAUCAGAUUGUAUCCUUCUGGUUUGGGACACAAUUCAAGGCUAUGUACUUGCCAUGGGUGCUACUGGCAUUUAACAUGAUAAUCCGUGGAGGAGGUGUUCAGGACAUCAUAGGCAUCAUAGUGGGUCACCUGUACUUCUUCCUAAUGUUCAAAUAUCCACAAGACUUUGGUGGCAGAAGAUUUUUAAGUACACCAGAAAUAUUCUAUAAAUGGUUUCCUAACCGCAGAGGGGGUGUGGCAGGAUUUGGAAUGGCCCCAGAAAGUAGACGGAGAGAUGAUGGCGGAGCUGGCGGCGGUCGUCCCUGGGGGAGAGGUCAGCAAUUAGGGGGAAACUGAGACCGGGCAUGAAUUUUGACACUUUUCUUCACGAUUUAUUGAAGAGACAAACUGAAGAAUUAUCUCUUUUACUAUUGUGAAGUGAAGUUUGCUGACAAAAAACAAAGACCAAAGAUUAGAAAAUUAAGAAACAGGCAACAACAUCAGCAGAAACAUUAAAUCUCAGAUAUAAAGUAUGUUUGGAAGCAGAGUUCUUUCUGAACAUUUUGUUUCAAUAUCUUUCCAAAAGGCAGCAGAACUGUGCAUUUGUGCUGCAUAUGCUAUUUUACCCAUAAUGGAUAGUAUUAGUAAUAUGCUGCAAUUACAGCAGCUGCUUUCAAUUUCAUUGGAUGACCACAACCUGCUUGGAUAAAUGUCUGAACAUAAACCAAAAUCACCAUUUCAGUGUGUGAUAAAAUAGAACAUGUGGUAACAUCUGCAGGAAAAAAAAACGACCUGCUCUCAUUACUAUCAUGCCUCACCCCAAGAACGAAGUACAGUAUCACAUAAAAUAAUAAAAGUAAAAUUUCAGUUACAUUUUUUUAAUAAUGAAGUAUUGGAAAGACUGCAAGUAAAUUUUAAGAUAUACAAGUGAGCAGUUGACCACCGACAUAAAUUAUAUAUAUGCACUGAAGUGUUUUGUGUCAGUGCUGCAGGAGUUUCUAAGGGGAAUAAAAUUAUAAUUUCCA